GCAUAUACAUGGUAGUAAACUGUGUAAACAGUUUUGUUUAUACACUUACACAAAAAGAAGAAAAAGAAGCCGUAUCUUUGUGGUAUAGACACAAGCUGCACUUUCAGGCCAUGGGUAUGCAUGGAUCCCGGCUUCAGAACCAAGCACAAGUUUUGAUUCUGGGCCUGGAUGGAUCAGGAAAGACCACUCUGCUCUACAAACUGAAGUACAAUGAAAGUGUCAUGACCAUGCCAACUGUGGGCUUCAACGUGGAGAUACUGGAGACAGACAGAAGCACCCCAAACCUGACGGUGUGGGAUGUGGGGGGCCAGAAGAAGAUGAGGCCCCACUGGAGGCAUUACUAUACUGAUACAGCCGGGCUGGUGUUUGUGGUGGACAGCUGGGAUCAGAAGCGGCUAGCCGAGGCCCGUAAGGAACUGAAUCAGGUCUUGAGGUUUGAGACUCUCAGAGGAGUUCCUCUGGUGGUCCUCGCCAACAAACAGGACCUUCCAGGGGCUCUGAGCCCAGAUACACUUAAACUGAAACUGGACUUGAGAAGAGUGUGUGAUGGCAGAGCCUGGUUCAUCCAGGCCUGUUCAGCCACCACUGGGAUGGGACUGGAGGAAGGUUUCAGGAGGCUAGUCUAUCUGAUGAAGACUCCACUGAAACAGACUCAAGAGGACAUUAAAGUUAAGAUGAGGUCUAAGGGCUUCAGUAUCCAAGCUGUGAAACAAGUCCUGCUCUGCAGCUGAUGGAUGGAAGAAGGUUAAUUCAUGCUACAUCUACUGCCAUGACUUAUCAGUAAAUGGCCUUGAUGUAAGAUCUACCAGAUCAGAUGAGAGGAAUGUGACAUUAACACAGUGAUUAGUUAAUCUCUGGGGAAGAAAGAACUUUUACUGAUUCAUUACAGUGUCUUUGGACAGUGAUGAUGAACCACAAGGAUUCUGUGAGCAAGCUUAGGUAAUCAGGGCAGUUUUCAGAAAAGGAGAUAUCAGUGUUUGAGACAAUUCUGUCUAAUGGUGCACACACACACACAAACUGCCUGAUAACAGCAUAUAGUCUUGUUUCUGUGGCUCAAAGAAUGUUUUCC